AGUUUACAGUACGAUACCUGUUUGCCUCGUACGUUGGAAUGCAACUAGCACGAGACUGCGACGGAAUUGAACGACGGCACCAAAACAAUAAACCUCGAGCAUCGUCAACCAAACAGCUCUCAUCGCUAGUUCAUUGCCAAAUAUUUGUACAACCAUUGCGACACGAAAUAUUGACUGAAUCGUUUAUCGACAUUGGAGGGAACAGCAUUCUACCCUUUCUCCUGAAUAACCGGGACAGAAAGAUCUGCGCUUUGUGUAACGUUGUGUCAUAGUAUUCGUUCCUAAGUAAGAGUCGGAGCAUAGUGGUAAGUCUGCAUGAUCAUACUAUAUCGAGAAUUGAACUUGAAGAUCAUAGUUCUCGACCUUAACUUUGCAGCAAACACAAACUGAUAAUAAUCUCUGUAUAUGACUUUAUCUAAUCCAAAAUAGCGAAAUAAGGAAAUCAUGGUGAGAGAUGCUGUCGAUGAAAGCAGCGAGCCAGAUCUGGAAAGUAUGCUCCGAGCCGGAGUUGACAUCGACGAUGACGGAGUUUUUGAUCCCACCUGUUUACUACAGCAACCUCUCGAUCAGGAUAUCGAUGAUCUUGAUGAAUUAGGGAUCAACGUUGAAGAGGAUGAGGAUGGUGGAGGAUACUUAGAACAAAUACACGGAGGAACUGAGGGUGUAAGUUCCAAUGAUUCGCCUCAUGUUCAACAGAACACGAUGCGAACAACCCCUAUCUCCUCUUACCCUUCGAAGGACGACAGAAACAACGAAAACUUUUACGACGAAUGCUUGAGGAACGACAAUGGCCACGAUUGCAACCGUAACAACACCAGCAGCAAUAGUAGGAAUAGCCCAGGGUUCUUCAAUUCACCUGCCCAUUCACCGCCUGUUGACGAUAUGAUUGAUGGAAAUCAACAUCAAUACGAUCAUCGACAGGUUAGCAUGAAUGAACAUCCAAGUUCUGGUGGUAGUGAGAGAGAUCAUGGUCAUUCACCACCGGAGUACGAUCAUCCUUCCCAUUACAACAAUGCAGGAGGUAAUAACGAAGAGCAUUUCAAUCCACCAACGGAGCGACAAUCCAGUAAUCGGCAUCCAAGAAGUGGUAAGCGGCAAAAGAGGCACCCCCAGCGCAUUGCUGAAGUACAGCAAAGGAUAUUGCAGGUUCAGGAAAAAAUCAGAGAGGUUCAGCACGAAAAUAUGGAUCAUGAUCAGAUGCCACAACACUAUGAAAUGAGGGGUGACCAUUAUCGUCAUGAUCGACAAGAACAUGGGUACCAGCAUCAAGAUCAUCAUAACCACCACCGCCGUCGUCAUCACCGCCACCACCACCAGCAUCAUGAUCAUGAUCAUCAUGAUCAUCAUGAUCAUCAUAGCCAUCAUUAUAAUGAACAUCAACGCCAACCUCAGGGCUAUCCCGAGAACUUCACCGACAACGCCUACAACAGUCACGGAAGUACAAGAGACUUUCCAAGAGACAGCCCAUAUGAUUCAAGAGACUCCUAUAACAGGCCUCCAAGCAACAUGCGCAGCGGUGUUGAUUCAUUCCGUGGCGACCAUCCACGGCAUCAUCAACAGGGACCACAUCAACCACCACUAUAUCCUGAUAAUUCGAUGCGACCUCAUUCAUUGAAAGGUAGACAUUCUCCAGACGACAUGCGUGCCAACGGGAACGACAACGAUUUUUGCUCACACGAUCGAACACAAGAGAUGAACUCAAUGCGACGGGGCGGCCCUCCACACACAAUGGCACAUCCUCCAGAAAACUUGCCAAAUUACAAGAAUAGCGAUGAAGACAACUUCGGAGGUCAUGGUCGUAGCAUGCGUCACCAACAGCAGGUUGUCGGAGGAAUGUCGCAGUCGCUCAAUGGAAUUCCAGGACACAGCAAUAACAAUAUGGUCAACAACUCACGGAUGCACCAGCAUACUCACCCGCAGAAUAUGCGAUUGCGCAUGUCUAGAUCACUAAACGGCUCUCUCAGCGGCAGGAUGCAGAAUCAGAGCAUGAACGGUAGCAAUAACGGCGGCAUCACGUCACGGAUGGGUAUACAAUCCAUGUCUGAUUCGCUCAAUGGAAUAGCUGGUGGUAAACAGGGAAUGGAUAAUCACGUCAAAACCAAUAGCCAACACGACAUGAUGGACCGCAGCAACAACGGAAGACUGCCGCAGCAAAACAUGAUGGACAGGAGUAAUGAUGGAAAUAUGACGCAGCAUAGGAGUAUACAUUCAAUGUCCAACUCUCUGAAUGGCAUCCAGAACACGAACGAUGGAAAUAUUUCCAAUCAGAAUGGUGCUAGGAACGGUAACAACAUUUUAUCCAACCGAAGGGGAAUUCAAUCUUUGUCUCGGUCUCUGAAUGGUUUGAGCUCUGAACAAAUGAUGUCACAAUCGGUGAACGGUAUCCCACGUAGUGGCGGAAACGGUGGUUUCGAAGGGCAUCACCAAGGUCAUCGUCAGGAACACAGAGGAUCGCAUUCAACAGGGGGGCAAAUGUCAAGGUCUCUGAAUGGACCACAAAAUAUAGAACAGAACUACUAUGCUGGGAGCUUUCGACAACAUCAAGGCGGGAUGAACCGAAUGAACCAAACAUCAGGACCACCAAGUGAUAUGGCACACAUGAAUGGAAAUCAAGCGUCUAGGAAUGAUUACGGUCCACAUAAUUUACGAGGUGGACAAACUGCACUGCAGGGGAUGUCGCAAUCACUGAAUGGCGCCCAUAAUGUCAAUUUGGAUAAUUUUGGUCAUCGACAAUCUUUACCUAACAAGAUGAAUGAGUCGAGAGAGAAACGCGAUAUUGAAAUGAAUAACAACAAUAAUAUAAUGCGUGGAUCAACUGGUAUGGGCAUGAACCCUCGUGACAUUGGCAGUCCAGUUCUGAACAACUCAAGCGUUCCCUCGGCGCCUCUAUUGAAUCAAGUUUCAAAUUUAGCCAAGUUACCGAACAGAGGAAGUAAUCCCGGCAUGAUGCAGCAGUUACAUGGCGCGCCCUCAACGGCGAACGAGAAAGUCGAAGUUGCUACUGAACAAGGAGGAAAUGGAACAUCCAAGAGGGGGAAUCCCAUGGCGCUUGCAGAAGCAACCAUGAGGUCCGCCUCGAGCCGGAAAAUGAUCCGAGAAUUCGGAUUAAGUUUGGUGAAGUUGCAAAGCAAUGGGAGAGGACAGUCGAAGUCAUUUUCAUCCUCGAAUUCCAAGGAGACAGUUGUGAAGGCGAAACGCAAGUCGGGUAGGGAGAGCUAUACUAUGUUGCAGUCGGAGGCAGCUUUUCGCGAGCAUUCUCGUCAAACGAAAAUGCAGCAGGAUCAAACAACAUUGUCGUAGCCGGGGAAAUAUAAAACAAACAGGUGAUGUUGGACUUGUCUUACUUCUACAACUAAAUUUUGCCCAACCUUUAUUGAAGUCAAGAGACACCAUUAAAGUUAUUUGGUUGUGUUUCACACACUGGAAGUUUGUUUAUACGACGUGUUUGGGGUAAUAUUUUGCAUUAAAGAAUCGAAUGAUGC